AUGAUUGGAUGUGCGAUGUAUGAAUUAGUCAAGGUUGGUCAUGACACCUUGGUCGGUGAGGUUAUCCGUAUCAAUGGUGACAAGGCAACAAUUCAGGUCUACGAAGAGACUGCUGGUGUCACUAUAGGUGAUCCAGUCUUAAGAACAGGAAAACCAUUGUCUGUUGAAUUAGGUCCUGGGUUGAUGGAGACCAUUUAUGACGGUAUUCAAAGACCUUUGAAGGCAAUUAAGGAAGCUUCACAAUCAAUUUACAUUCCAAGGGGUAUUGAUGUACCUUCAUUGUCUAGAACUGCCCAGUAUGAUUUCACACCAGGUAAGUUGAAGGUUGGAGACCAAAUAACAGGAGGUGAUAUCUUCGGUUCUAUUUUCGAAAAUUCGUUGUUAGAUGAUCAUAAAAUAUUGCUUCCUCCAAGAGCCAGAGGUACUAUUACAUCUAUUGCUGAAUCUGGUUCAUACGGUGUCGAGGACACAGUUUUAGAGCUUGAGUUUGAUGGCAAGAAGCAUUCUUACUCAAUGAUGCAUACAUGGCCCGUCAGAGUUCCUAGACCCGUAGCAGAGAAAUUGGCGGCUGAUUAUCCAUUAUUGACUGGUCAAAGAGUUUUAGAUGCCCUUUUCCCUUGUGUUCAAGGAGGUACAACUUGUAUUCCUGGUGCUUUUGGAUGUGGUAAAACAGUUAUUUCUCAGUCAUUGUCUAAAUAUUCCAAUUCCGAUGUCAUUAUAUAUGUUGGUUGUGGUGAACGAGGAAACGAAAUGGCAGAAGUUUUGAUGGAAUUCCCUGAAUUAUACACCGAAGUUGCAGGCAGAAAAGAGAAUAUUAUGAAGCGUACGACAUUAGUGGCAAACACUUCCAAUAUGCCCGUUGCGGCCCGUGAAGCAUCUAUAUACACAGGUAUCACCUUAGCAGAGUAUUUUAGAGAUCAAGGUAAGAAUGUUUCAAUGAUUGCUGACUCUUCGUCGCGUUGGGCCGAAGCCUUGAGAGAACUUUCUGGUAGAUUGGGUGAAAUGCCAGCUGAUCAAGGUUUCCCAGCAUAUUUGGGAGCCAAGUUGGCUUCUUUCUAUGAACGUGCAGGUAAGGCCGUUGCUUUGGGUUCACCAGAGAGAAUCGGCUCAGUGUCCAUCGUUGCUGCAGUUUCUCCAGCUGGUGGUGACUUUUCUGACCCAGUCACCACUUCUACGUUGGGUAUUACUCAGGUCUUUUGGGGAUUGGAUAAGAAAUUGGCUCAAAGAAAGCAUUUCCCAUCCAUCAAUACCGCGGUUUCGUAUUCCAAAUAUACCAAUGUCUUGAAUAAGUACUAUGACGCUAAUUAUCCGGAGUUUCCAGCUUUGAGAAACAAAAUCAAAGAAAUUUUGUCAAAUGCCGAAGAAUUGGAACAAGUAGUUCAAUUAGUCGGUAAGUCUGCUUUAUCUGACUCUGACAAGAUUUCUUUGGAUGUUGCUAAUUUGAUUAAGGAAGAUUUCUUGCAACAAAAUGGUUAUUCGACCUAUGAUGCUUUUUGUCCAAUCUGGAAGACUUUCGAUAUGAUGAAAACUUUUGUUUCUUAUUAUGAUGAAGCACAAAAGGCAGUUGCAAAUGGAGCUCAAUGGUCCAAGUUAGCUGAAAGUACUGCUGAUGUUAAGCAUUCUGUUUCAUCUUCUAAGUUCUUUGAGCCAUCCAGAGGUGAAGAAGAAGGUAGAAAGGAAUUUGGUGAAUUGUUAACUAAUAUGUCUGAGAAGUUUGCAGAAGCAUCUGAGUGA